UUCUGUAUAAAGUUGUUGUCACUUGUCAAUCAUCUUUGUUUGUUUUACUGGCGUUUCUCACGAGGUCUUAUAUAUUUUGUCACAAGCGAAGCCCGAACGACUCGUAGGGCGGUGGUUAUGGUCAAAGACGAAAGGCAAGGAGAUGAAGAGACAGCCGUUUCAGAAAGAUAUAAUUGUGGCUUGGAUUUCGCUAAGAAUCAACUUCAGAAACAUGGAUGGAGCGAAGGCAAAGGACUUGGUAAAGAUGAGAGUGGUAGAGCUAAUGCAAUCAAAGUUGGUGUGAAAAAUAACAAAUUGGGGGUGGGUUUUGAUGUUGGAAAAGAGUUUACAAACAACUGGUGGGACCAAUUAUUUAACAAAGCUGCCAGUAAUAUUGUGGUUGAGCAAUCUGAGAAAGGGGUACAAGUUUCCAAGAAGGACGAUGGUUCAAAUGAUAUUGUGAGACCAAAGAAGUUAUGGAGAGUUAAAAGAAAAGAAUUGUAUUAUGGAAGAUUUGUUAAGGCCACAAAUGAUGGUGAUGCAUUUCCUCCAUCCACACUGGAAACUCCUGAAGUAACAACCAAUUUUACAGAUGAGGAAAUAUUCAAAGCUUGUGGUGGGAGAACAGCUCAUAAGUCUGCCCGACAUGGUCAUAAAUUGAGUGGGAAGUUAAAAAGGGUUGCUGAUCAAGAAGGCGAAGACAAUCCCUGUGAAAAAAUAAAGAUGAAGAGAAAGAAACGUUCAAGAAAGUCGUUGUCAUCAUUGCCUAUUCAAGAUAAGACGGACAUUGAUGUACUUAACCACAAUGGUUGUGAUGAAGUGAUCAAAGAAAAAUUAACUUUACAAAGUGAGAUUGUUUCAUUAAAAUGUUCCACCAGAAAGCGAAAAUACGAUUCAGGCGAUGAGCAAAGUAAAUCUUUACAACCACGAUUUGAAGAGAUACAUAGUGAAUGUGAUCAGAAUUUGGGUAUGUCGGUGACCACCAAGAAAGUUAAGAAAAAAGUGAAAAAGAAAUCAAAGAAACUGUCAAAAAAAGCAAAAUGACAGACGAUAUUGAAAACUUCAUCAUAAGGAAUGACAUUGAUGGACAAAUACAGUAUGCAAUGGUGAUUUGAAGCAAAAAACGAGAAACUGAGGAGAAGAGAAACGGAUCAAAACUGUUGAUGCCAAGACCGUGAAUUAUUUGGAACGAUUCUUAUCCAAAAACGUUAUAUUGAAAUAAUCCUGGGCUACAGUUCAAGUCGCGGUAAGUGAUAUGCCUAUAUUCAUUCUAGUUUUGUUUUAAUGCACAUGUUAAACUUGGCAAUUUCCGCGUAUAUAUUUAAAGUUCUUGAACAGUUUCCUCGUCGUGACUUCUAAAAAAUCUGGCUGAAAC